AUGGUAGGCAUUCCUAGGAGCAAAGGAUGUAGGAUUUGCGUCCAGCGUCGCGUCAAGUGCGACCAGACACAACCCAAAUGUAAGAAUUGUCUCAAAGGCAAUCGGCCAUGUCCAGGCUAUGACACGGACUUGAGAAUCCACGAUGAAGGCAACAAACUCCGAAGACGCUUUGGCCAGAAGGAUCUCACGGAUCAUAAGAGCGACACCGGGAGUUCUUCACCUGCCACAAGUGGCCACAGUCAGUCGACAGGAUCGUCUCCCGAUGAUUCCCUAGAACUGACCUCGAAAUAUGGCACCCCUGAUUCGGAUUCGGGCGCCUACCGCGGCGAUCUUCUCCUUCCCUCACGCAAUGCUUUCAUUAGCUUGCUCGAAAGCCAGAUCUAUCCUGAUUCCAAUCUGUUUGGUUUUGGAAGUACAGCAACCAGCCCGCGAGAGCUUCUGAGUCGUGGCUCGAUAAACUUUGACAUGCCUUUCCAGAUGACGCUCAAUCACUCUAUCUAUUCGCCAUCUCUAGCUCAGGAACAGCUUCUCAACACCUUUUCCUCGGCAAUUUCUGCCACGGGAUCAACGAUCAUUCCUCGUCAGAUGCACAACCAUACGCGGUGGCUAUCUCAACUCCCUGCCAUGUUUGGCAGUAAGCUGCUCGACGCUGCAGUCCGAGCAGUUUCCUUGGUCCAUUUGAGCCGAAUUCACCAGUCAGAAGCAUUUGAGCAGGAAUCAAGGCGUUUUUACGGCAAAGCUUUGCGCCUGCUGAACGAUGCCCUUUCAGAUAAUGUCACAGGCAUGUCGACCGAAACACUAUCGGCCACCAUCCUUCUAUCCUUCUAUGAGAUGUUCGCAUCUGACUCCAAUCAGUCAUGGGUACGGCAUGCAGGUGGUGCUUCAACUUUGAUGCGCAUUCGCGGUCCGUCGAGGCAUCUGUCGGGUGUCGACCGCGAUUUGUACCUGGCUUAUCGCCACACCAUCUACAUUGAAGCUUUUCAGAGAGACGAGGCCUGCUUUUUAUGUGAGCCGGAGUGGCUCGACUUGUCGAGACAGGUACAUGAAGAUCUACGUCGCGGCGGUACUAUGGCACCAGAGCGCAUGGAGAUUUUUGAUCUGGCUGAAGAGUUUUACAUGCAAAACGUGUUCAUCCCCACGACCUGCCGAGAUGCCUUGAGAAGUUCGGAGGUUCGACAGGCCUUGACCCCUGACGAAUAUCGAGCCUACGAAGAGUCUAUCCGUGCGAGAUGUCGACAGCACAGGGCAAGCCUGAAAUCUAUCAACCUACGAUUUCGAAACGCCAUGAAAAGGAUAGGGCUGGACACCACCGUUCUGCAGACAUCAGAUCCCGUCUUUCCGAUGCAAUAUUCCUAUGUCAAUCUCUUCGUUGGCUGUACCCAUGUUGGCUAUUUCACAAUCAUGAUAAUCUUGAACUCGAUAUUGAAAGAAAUGGAGACUGAGCAUGCCCCGAUGUAUAUCAUGGAAAAUCGGGAACUAGCACGGGAAGUCUGCCGGACUACAUCAUUCAUGUUGACAUCGUCUUUCCUUGGGCCGUUUUUCAUCAUCUUUGCCUUGCGGCUGUGUUUAAUGGUGCUCGAACCAGGGGUGGAAAGGGACUGGGUCGUUAAGAAGCUUCGUCAGAUUGGAAACACCCAUAUGAAAAUGGCUGCGGACAUACCAGACGCGAAACCUGAGAAAAAAGUGGAAGAGGUGAUGUCGGUCGACCCAAGUCAGUUCGACAUCAACUGGGAUGACAUUGAGACCGAUUUGGCACAGUACAGCCUUGAGGGUUGA